AUGGCCGACGGUAAAAGAGUCUUCUUGUCGACACUGAACAAACCUGAAUUGAUUAAAGAGUUAGAAGCUCGUGAUAUCAUGAUUCCACCAAACGCGAAAAAGGAAGCUCUAGCCAGUCUUCUUCGUUCUUAUCACCGCCAAAAUAAAACACCUUUUGUCGUUAUGGCACCAGACUUCAUUCAAAGUCAAGAUGACAAUGAUGAAGAAGAUCAAGAUCAAGAAGCUGAAAAUGAACAUAUGUCUGAUAAUGGUGAUGGUUCAUACCACGAACAGAGCAAUCAAACAUCAAGAAGAACGUCACCAAGAAGAAGUCACAGAACAAGUAGAAAAUUUAUAAUCUCAGAAGAGCUUAAGAAGGCGGCCCAGUUGUUGUCAUCAACGACCGAGUCACAAGCCAAAAUACCAAGUGGUAAACCAAAUAUAACCAGCAUAAUCACACCAAGUCAACCAACGACACCACAAUUUGGUAGAAAGAAUAAAACCGACAAUCGUGGUUAUCAUUCAGAUAAUAGAAAUAACCGUAACGAUAGCUAUUGGAUAUCACUCGAAAAUGGAUCAUCGGCUGAGAGCCAAGGAUCACAAAAAAAAACAACAAGAACAAUAGCUGAAGUACAUAGACAUGAACACGAAGAUAUUCAACAUCGUCAAUCAAACAUGAAAUCAAACUCUAAUGAAUUCAGAAGACCUGUUGUGCCAAAAACGAACUCAAGCAAGAUCAACAAAAGACAAGAUCAUGUCAACAGUUCCAGGCCUCAGGGUGAAUAUAUUAGAGGUGGAUCACCAACUAAUUAUGAUAAAGAAUAUCUCAGUGAUCAUGCUGAAUCAAGAACAAGAUCGCAACACCAGAAAAAAAAUCUCCAAGACAAACCAAGAUAUCCAAGAGAUUCAUCAUCAGAUAGUUAUGAAUCCUACGGAUCGAAAUCAAGAAAUGCCUCAAGGAAACGUACCGCGUUUCCAAUACAACUAACGCAUACGCAAAACGAAAAACGUAUCUACCAAGAUCAACGGUCAAGACCACAAGAAAUAUCAAGACCUAGUCACUUUAGGGAUACAAAUUUCGUUAACCCAAGAAAUAAUAAGUAUCAACACAAUAAUGGUUAUGAAUAUUACUCAGAUAACAAUUAUGAGGCAAGACCAAGAUAUAACUAUGAAACAAUGAUCAAUCAUGACAUGAGAAGACCUAACGACUAUCAAGACGGAUGGCGUGGUGAGAGUCGGAUCAUGGAUAAAGUUAGAAAGUGGAACAUCACGUUCAACGGAGACGAAGAUGCUGUAAUGUCAUUUCUUGAAAGAAUUGAAGAGGUAACUUGCUAUUACCAAUUAACCCAAGAAGAGUUAAUUAAAGGCAUACCAAUGUUUUUAAAAGACAAAGCUAGUGAGUGGUACAGAAAUAACAUGAGAAUGUGGAAAACCUGGGAGGAAUUUGCUUAUGACUUGAAGAGAUAUUUCGCCCCAGGUGAUAUUCAUAUGCAACUCGAAGAUCGUAUACGUAAUCGUGUCCAAGCAAGUAAUGAAUCAGCAAAAGUAUACGUGACACAAUUACAAACACUGAUGAGAAGACAUGGUGGUAUGAAUUACACAGCUCAGCUAGACCGUUUGUGGAGAAAUCUACGUCCAGAAUACAAAAGAUAUAUCAGACGAAGUGAUAUCUAUGAUAUAAAUGACUUGAUCCGUUUAACUGAUGAAUAUGAAAGAAUAUUAGCUGAUGAGAAAAAUUAUAAAACGGUUGUAAAGGCCGAACCAGAGAAAAAGAAGCCUCCGCAAAAACAUGAAGUGGCUGCCUUGGUGAACACACCAUUUGUCAAGUUUGAAUGCUGUUGGCGUUGUGGUCAACGUGGUCAUCGAAGACCAGACUGCCGAAACUCAGUCAAGAAAUUCUGUAUAGAAUGUGGGAAGUUAGGAGUCUGGACAAAAGAAUGUGGUUGUCCUAGAGAACCACGACCACCCGUAAAAACAAACGAAUUAAAUCAAGAACAACGAGCAAAACAACAGACUAACUCACUACUGUCACCAGCUGCAACAAUAUUUAAGCCAGCAGAUGUAAUACCAUCAAUGCCACCACAACCAAAAUUGCAACAACCAAAAUUUCAACAACAAACGAAGCAACAACCAAGUACGAGUCAACAGCAAGUUUUAUACGUGGACGAUAACCGAAUAUUUGUUGAUGUAAUAAUUGGAAACAUUAGUUAUAAAGGGUUAAUUGACACUGGCGCAGGUAGAUCUUUCAUUGGUGGUCCAGUAUGGAGUAACAUCCAGCAAAGAAACUUAGCUAAGUUAACACCGUCACUACAGUGUGUUACAGUAGCAGACGGCAAUGCCGCACAAAUAGAUGGACAAAUAAUUAUUGAAGCUAAUGUGGCCGGUAAAAUUGAUAAUUAUUCAUUCCUGGUCAUGCCAAAAUUGAAAGCUCAAAUAAUUCUAGGAAUCGAUAUCCUGAGACAAAUUAAUCUAGAAUUGCAAUUUGGUUCGACAAUAGAAUUAAAUACCAUUGAUCGCAAUGAAGCAAUGAUUAAUAACAUCAGUAUCGAAACCGCUAAAAAGAUAAUACAAGAAGAAUUAAAGAAAUUUGAUAAUGUCACAGGUCGUACUCACUUGGUAACACAUACAUUGAGACUGAAACCUGGUAUUGAACCAAUAAAAACCAGAUACAGUCCACGUAACCCAGUCAUGCAAGAAGUUAUUAAUAAAGAAACAGAUAAAAUGUUAGAAGAAGGAGUCAUAACACCAUCUAACAGUCCAUGGAGUUCACCAGUUGUAUUAGUCAAGAAGAAAAAUAAAGAGUACAGAUUUUGUGUCGACUACAGAAAAGUCAAUAGUGUCACGAUUAAAGACGCGUAUCCAUUACCACAAAUUAAUGCCACUUUGGAUAAGCUAAGAAACUCAAGAUAUUUUUCAACAAUCGAUUUAAAAAAUGGUUACUGGCAAGUACCAAUGGACCCAGAAAGCCAAGAAAUCACUGCGUUUACAGUACCAAAUCGUGGGUUAUUCCAAUUCACAGUCAUGCCAUUCGGUUUACAUUCAGCAAGUUCUACGUUUCAACGUCUUUUAGACCGGGUGGUGGGUGUUGAUCUGGAUCCAAAUGUAUUCGUUUACCUGGAUGACAUCGUUAUUUUGGGUACCACGUUAGACGAACACAUCGAAACUUUGAAAAUAAUUUUACAAAGACUGUACAACGCUGGAUUAAAAAUCAAUGAAGAAAAGAGCAAAUUUAUACAAACAAGUAUAAUAUAUUUAGGUCACGUUGUUGACGAACAUGGUAUACGCGCGGAUCCAGAAAAAAUCAAAGCUAUAACUAGCUUGCAAGAACCAAAAACAGUAAAAGAGGUUAGACGUUUCAUCGGCAUGAUAGGAUGGUAUCGCAGAUUCAUCCCGGAUUGUUCAACGUUAACACAACCUCUAACAAAACUGAUACAAAAAGAUAUACCAUGGUCCUGGACCACUGAAAAUCAAGAAGCUUUUGACACAUUGAAGAGCAAGAUAACUGAAGCACCAGUACUCGCACCACCAGAUUUUUCACUUGAAUUUAUUUUACAAACUGAUGCCAGUGAUGAUGGGUUAGGCAUUGUAUUGACACAAAAGAAAGAUAAGUCAACCGAACACGUAAUCGCAUAUGCCAGCAGGUCAUUGACUAAACCAGAGAAAAAUUUCCACACUACGGAAAAAGAAUGUUUAGCUGUAGUGUGGGGAAUAAAAAAGAUGAGACAAUACCUCGAGGGAUAUAAAUUUAAAGUAAUCACUGAUCAUCAAUCAUUAAAAUGGCUGAUCAACUUAGAAAAUCCAGGUGGACGCAUUGCAAGGUGGUUACUUUAUUUACAACAAUUUGACUUUGAAAUUAUUUAUCGUAAAGGUGUUGAUAAUGUCAUCGCCGACACUCUAUCAAGACAACCUAUAGAUUACGAUAACGACGAAGAGGAAUUUGAAGGUGAGCAAGUCGUACUUGCAAUCGAGCCAGACCAACAAUGCAACUGGUAUCGGGAAAUGUUGGAAAACGUCUUGUCAAAACCUGAAAAUUACCCUGAUUACUGUGUCAAUGACAAUUUACUGUAUAAACAUGUUCACGCUAGCCUUGGCUGGACUGAACAACGCAAAGAAGCUUGGAAAGUAUGUGUACCAAAACCUCUACGUCGGAAAGUCAUACAAGAAAACCACGAUACUCCGACGGCAGGACACCUAGGAGUUGCCAAGACAAUAGCUCGUACCGCCUUAAAUUAUUAUUGGCCUGGCAUGCAACGUGAUAUAAAAACUUUUAUUCACGAUUGUGGUAAAUGCCAACAAUUUAAACCAAGCCAACAGGGCAAGGUUGGUACAAUGGGCACCACGGUUGCUACUGAACCAUGGGAAGUCGUAUCAACAGACAUUGUCGGACCAAUCACUAGGUCGUCAGAAGGUUACACACAUUUCAUUGUAUUUCACGAUAAAUUUACAAAAUGGAUAGAGGUAAUACCAGUACGUAAACCAACGAGUAAUGCAGUUAUUAAAGCAUUGAAAGAUAAAAUAAUACUAAGAUUUGGAUGCCCAAAAAAAUUGUUAAGUGACAAUGGCUCACAAUAUACAAGCAAAGAUUUUGCAAAAGUUUUAAAUGAUUACGGUAUUGAGCAUUUAAGAAUUCCUCCUUACUCACCACAAUGUAAUCCAACUGAAAGAGUUAAUCGAGUAAUGAAGACAAUGAUUUCACAAUUCGUUGAAAAAACGCAAAAAUCUUGGGCAAAAUAUUUACCAGAAUUAACAUUCGCAUAUAAUUCUGCUAAACAAGAAAGCACUCAAUGUUCUCCAGCGUAUUUGAAUUAUGGACGUGAAUUAGAACAACCUCAGACAUUACGUAAAACCAUGGAAACACAAAAUCCCAAUGUAAAACCAGACCGAGAAAUAGCAAUUUCAAGACUUGAAGAAACCAUGGAAUUAGUCAAAGUAAAUUUGGCUAAAGCAUAUACAGCACAAGAAAAGAAUUUUCGAAAAAAACACAGGGAAUGGUGUCCACAAGUUGGUAAUACAGUUUGCGUCCGUAUGCACCCGCUCUCCAGAGCCAUCGACGGAAUAAGUGCCAAGCUCAUGCCUAAAUUCUCAGAGCCUCAUAAAGUGACAGGAAUAAUUAGUCCAGUGCGCGUUGAAAUCCAAGACAAUCAGGGGAAAAAAUCACACGUACAUAUUAAAGACUUAAAAGAAAUUUAA